UUGUUGUUGAGGAGAAAAGAAACAUUGAUUGGAAUAAUGGAAGCUACCAAGCUUAGAUUGCUCUUAUUUUUUGUAUUAUAUCUUGUUGCAUUCCCUACCCUGAGGGCUAACAUAGCUCAAUUCGACCAAGUUUGGCAGGAGCGAUCUCAGCAUGCCAAAAGUGCAGCACUACAGGCUUAUAGGCCAAACCCUGAGCAAGUUACUGUUGAUUUCAAUAAGCAUGUGAACGAGAAUAUGAAUGGCUCCAACAACACAAGGAGGGGUUUAACAUCCAAGUACACAGGUCCAUGCACGGCCACAAACCCCAUCGACAGUUGUUGGAGAUGUGAUCCAAACUGGGAAAAGAACCGCAAGAAGCUAGCAGAUUGUGCCAUGGGUUUCGGUCACGGCACAACCGGAGGCAAAGCCGGCAAAAUCUAUGUUGUCAAUGACCCCUCCGACCAUGAACUCAUCAACCCAAAACCAGGGACAUUAAGACACGCUGCAAUUCAAAAGGAACCAUUGUGGAUCAUUUUUGCACAUGACAUGACCAUCAAACUAAGUGCAGAGCUCCUACUAACUGAUGACAAGACCAUAGAUGCACGCGGCGCAAACGUUCAUAUCAGUCAUGGUGCUCAAAUCACAAUGCAGUAUGUGAAAAACAUAAUCAUUCAUGGUUUGCACAUUCAUGAUAUCAAAAAAUCUGGUGGUGGCAUGAUUAGGGACUCGGUGAAUCACGUUGGAGUCCGCACGCAGAGUGAUGGUGAUGGAAUUUCAAUGUUUGGAGCUACUCACGUUUGGAUUGAUCAUAUUUCUUUGUCCAAUUGUGAUGAUGGUCUAGUUGAUGCUGUGGAGGGAUCAACAGCUAUCACCAUCUCUAAUUGCCACUUGACCCAUCAUAAUGAUGUUAUGUUGUUUGGAGCAAGUGAUGUGUUUUCAGGAGAUAAAGUGUCGCAAAUAACCGUGGCUUUCAACCAUUUUGGGCAAGGACUGGUACAGAGGAUGCCAAGGUGCAGGUGGGGUUUCUUUCACGUUGUCAACAAUGACUACACUCACUGGCUAAUGUAUGCCAUUGGUGGUAGCUCACAUCCCACCAUCAUUAGCCAGGGUAAUCGCUUUAUUGCUCCUCAAAACUCAGCUGCUAAGGAGGUGACAAAGAGAGAUUAUGCACCUGAAAGUGUGUGGAAGUCAUGGAAUUGGAGAUCAGAGGGUGACUUAAUGAUGAACGGAGCCUUCUUUGUUGAGUCUGGAAGUAAGGUCGCAAACAUCAAAACAGACAUUGUUGCAAAGCCUGGGACCUUUGCAGCAAGCCUAACUCGCUUUGCAGGUGCUCUAAAAUGUGUAGUAAAUAAGCCAUGCUGACAAACACAGCUCUCUGGAUGCUGGAACAGAGGCUGAUCCAGGUUGUAGCACUAGUACUAGUAAUAGACCCGAAGCUGUGCUUCCGAGGUGUUUCUCAUUUUUCUUUAACUCUUGUUUGAACAUCAUGUACAAAAGAUUAGAGGAACUAAAAUAUAGGAAGUAAAUGCAUGCAAAUUCUAUGGAGGCACAGGUACAGCUAUCAAUCCCAUUGUACAUUCGUAUCUAUGAAUUCAACAGCACAUGAGUGUUCAUCUUUGAAGUUCCAUUUUAAGGAGGG